UUCCAGUUUAAUGGUCGUACUGGCGCACACAACAAAUGUCACCAUGGCAGACAAUGCGAAACUGGACCCAGAUUAUGAGUGCCCUGUCUGCUGGAACCCGUACAAUAACACCUUCCGCAUUCCCAAACUCUUAACAUGCCACCACUCCUUUUGUUUGGACUGCCUGGCCCGCCUGAGCUUUGCCACUCACAUCCACAACCGGCUGCAAUGCCCACUGUGUCGCCAAACCACAGCGCUCCAUUUAGAUCAGACAGUUACAGACUUACCUACCAACACCGCCAUCCUAGGCCAGCUUAAGCUAGAGCCAGAGAAAAAUGGACUGUGUGCCAGAGACACCCGGAGGCUAAACUUCUUCCAGCGGCCGCCCUCCGUCUACACCCUCAGCAUGGGUCAAGACACGGGGUCCAUAUACGAUAUGCACCAGACUGACCUCCAGCCCACGUUAACCACUAUUCCCUCAGAAGAUUCUUCUUGGCAGUGUUUCCACAACCCUCAGUUCCGGAUGUUCUCCUACUUCAUGAUUACUAUGCUGGUGGUGAGCCUGCUUCUAAUAUUUUCCAUCUUCUGGACUCGUAAGAUGUUAUGGGGACCAGGAUGAUGCAAAUCAGUGACAUCUCACAACACGACCCCACUGCCAUCC